CGACGGACAUUAAAAGCGGUGAGAACCAGCGAGAGCUUCAAGAUCAUAUAUAAGCGCCUAUGCAGCUCGAUGUGAUGCACUGGCACCACUCUAGCCUUACGUCUCUUCAGCCGCAUCGCACCACUCAUAUAUCAUGUUCUUUCCUGUUGUGUUGGGUGCAUUGGCAGGGUAUUGUUUGCUUCGGUUGUGGAAACUCUUUUGGGAUGCACGCGCUUCUUUUCUUCGACGUAUUCCUAGCCCGGAAGGAGGGAACCUUAUUCUUGGUAACUCUAGAGAAGUGUUAGCGUCCCAGAGCAUUCCGGGCGUUGUCCGUGAACGCUGGCUUAAACAGUACGGACCUACAUUAUCGUACAGAGGAGUCUUUCCAACGAGGCAUCUUUUGACCACUGACACGAAAGCAAUAUCUCAUGUUCUGUUCAAUGCGUAUGACUACCCCAAGCCUUCUGUCGCACGCAAACUUCUUGGCGAUGUCACUGGUGAAGGCCUUCUGACAGUGGAAGGUGACAAGCAUAAGCAGCAGCGCAAAAUUAUGAAUCCAGCCUUCUCUCAUGCUAACGUCCGCGAGUUUCAUGAAGUGUUUUUGGAUAAAGCGAUCCAGCUUCGGCAGAUGUGGACAGCAGAAUGCCUCAAGUCUUCAGGGAAAGCACAAAUCGAUACCGUGUCAUGGCUCACUCGUUUGACGUUGGACGUCAUAGCCCGUACUGGAUUUAAUCACAAAAUCGACUCUCUGGACAUAAACGGUACACAGAACGAAGUCCAUCAGGCACUUGUCGAACUGCUUCGUGUAGCCAACGAAAGUCGACUGAUGCGUUUGCUCUGGGCUCAUAUUCCCGUUUUGAAAUGGAUUCCAAGCAAAGGUAAAGCCCGAUUACAAGCUAUUCAGGACACCUUGGUUCGUCUAGGAAGGCAAUUGUUAGCGGAGGCCAAGGUCGCGGGCGACGCAGAGAAAGGGGACAACAAAGAUUUAUUUUCUUUGCUGGUCCGGGCCAAUGCUUCACCAGACGUUCCUGUCAGUCAGCGCAUGAACGAUGCGGAUGUUUUUUCUCAGGUCCCAACGUUCUUGCUUGCGGGACAUGAAACAACAAGCACCGCUGUGACUUGGGCAAUUUACUACUUGUGUCGGUACCUCGAUGUUCAGACCAAGCUUCGCCAAGAGCUUCUCGCCGUACCUACAAGCACGCCCACAAUGGAGGAGUUGAACGCCCUACCGUACCUGGACUGGGUUAUCAAGGAAACCAUGAGAGUGAAGCCUCCCGUACCCUCGACGAUACGUGUCGCAGCUAAAGACGAUGUGAUACCUCUGCGCCAUCCGGUCCGUGAUACAUCAGGCAUGUUGCACGAUUCCAUCCCGAUUAAGAAAGGCGAGAUGAUCGACAUUCCUAUAAUGGCAUUGAAUCGAGAUAAAUCGUUGUGGGGAGAGGACGCGGAAGAAUACCGACCGGAACGGUGGGAGAAGAUCCCUGAAGCCGUGCAGGCGAUUCCGGGCGUGUGGGGCAAUAUGAUGACUUUUAUUGGAGGACCUCGGUCGUGUAUUGGCUAUCGGUUUUCAAUCGCUGAGAUGAAGGUCAUAUUGUUCACCAUUAUUCGAGAGUUUGAGGUGGAGCUUGCGGUGCCAUAUGAAGAUAUCAUCUCGAAAGCUACUGCGGUGCAACGUCCGGUGCUGAAAAGCAGUCUAAAUGAUGGUUCUCAGAUGCCUAUAUUUGUUACAAUCCACCACCGCGAGGGAUAGUGAAACUACUACGAACGGCGAAAUAUUGUACUAUUAAUUUUACAAGUUGGACAUGAUCAUACAUUGAGAUAAACGAGUAUUUAUUUAAUAUGAAGAUCGGCUUGCCGG